CGGACAGGCGGGAUGACAUACUACGGGGUCCCGAGCAGGGGCUGCGACGGCUGCCGCAGCAAAAAGAUCAAGUGCGACGGAACCAAGCCCAGCUGCGAGCGCUGCCGGCGGGCCGGACGCAUCUGCCCGGGAUACCGGCCGCUUUCGACCGUCAUCUUCCGCCCGGAGGACCAGCGCGUCAUCAGUCACGUUUCCCAGCGCCUCGUCGUUAACGCCGCCGUCAAUGACUCGGCGGCGGAGCUGCCACUGCUGCCGUACUGGCAACAACCAAGCUCCAGAAGUAGCAUCCACGGUUUUUCGCAUAGCCAUGGUGCCGACGAUCAUCUUUCCGGAGCCGGCGCUGGCCCUUAUUGGCCGUUAUUGCCAGUUUCGUCUCACACUGCUCCUGCUACUCGGCUCCGCGGCCGGCGACGACGUCACGACAUGCAGCAGCAGCAGCACGGGCACAUGGCAAUAGUAGCAGUGCCCGCCGUACCGCCGCCGCCGGCUCUUCAGAUCGGGCGCGACGAAGCCAUCUGCUUCUUCCGCGACCGCUUCGCCUGGCAAACCGUCUCCCGGUUCUUCGUCCUGUCGACGCGCGAGUCGCCCGCGCUGCUGCUCAACAUGGUGGCGGCGCUCGGGCUGGCGUCGUUUUCCUUCGCCCGCAAGUCGCCGGCGCUGCGGAGGGCCGCGGCGGCCGAGUACGGCGCGGCGCUCGAGGGCGUCAACCGCAUGCUGUCGGACCCGGGCACGGCGACGUCGGACUCGACGCUGGCGGUGGUGAUUCUCAUGUCUUUCUUCGAGACUCUCACGGGCCACAGCCCUCCAUCGACAAAGUCCUGGACGAACCACGCCUCCGGCGCGGCCGGCAUCAUCGCACUGCGCGGCCCGGCCCAGCUUGACACCGCCACCGGGCGUCAACUCCUUCGAGAAGUCAAGGGGCUCAUGCUCGCCACCAGCCUCAUCCACAAAGUCCCCCUCUCGCAGGCCCUCGUCCACUACACCCACCUAGCCAUGGCGCGCAACACGCCCUCCGAGAACCACGGCGAGCGCAUCUUUCUCAUCACCGCCGAGGUCGCCAACCUGCGCGCCUCCCUGCAGGACGCCGCCACCACCACCACUCCCGCCGGCGGCGAGCCCAUGACGAAUACGACGACGACGACGACGACGACGACGACGGCGAGCGUCUUCGAUGCCGUGGACGAGCUCACCGCGCGCCUCCACGCGUGGCGCCUCGCCACACCACCCGACUGGCAGUACCGCGCCGUCCAGCUCGACGACGAUGACGACGAUGAGUUGCUCAGCGACGGCGGCGGCGCGGAGACGUGGUACGGGUCCAUCCGCCCCGUCGGCGGCCGCUGCCUCGUCUACAGCGCCGACCACGUCGUCGUCGGCUGGUCCAACUACCGCAUGAGCUGCAUCCUCCUAGCCGAGCUCCUCCUCGGCCUUCUCAGACGCCGCGUCCUCGCCGACACGCCUACUGCUCCUUCCUCCUCCUCUUCCUCCUCCUCCUUCAUACACCCCUCUUCCUCCUCCUCCUCCUCCAUCCACUCCUCCCCCCACUACACGUCCUCAUCUUCCCCCUCCUCAUCGUCUUCGUCUACCGCCGCGGCGCUGGCCAAGUGUCGUGCCCUCCGGCGGACCAUGGACCAGCUCGCCGUCGACACCUGCGCCACCGUCCCGUACCUCCUCGGCCUCAAGUGCCUUGCCGUCGCCCCCGACCCCGACGGCGGCGGCGGCGGCGGCGGCGCGCUGCCCGACCUCUGCGGUGCGUACAUGAUCCUGAUGCCGCUGUGGGUGGCCGCCUGCGUCGAGGGCCCGGGACACCCCCUGCGGCGCAACGCCAUGUUCCUCCUCGAGGUGGUCGCCCGGAGGGUGGGCAUCAGACAUGCGUCGCUUCAGCGGCACUUUCUGGUGUCUCUCGAGGGCAUGGCUGAGUGGAUGGACCGGCUCCCUCCCACUCGAUGAGAGCAAAGUUACGUCGCCAUGCACGUCGCUACUACGGCUUACCCAACAUAACACAAGAGUCAAAACUCUAGAACGCAUGUGCACCCAAGUCGAAUCGCUCUGUAGCUGCAUGGCAGUCAUAACUCGUGAUAGGAACAAGUAAGC